UUAGACCCCUUUCUCCUAUUCCUGAACUCUUACUUGAUGUCUAUCUCUGCGGUGAACACCCGCCAUCGAUGUCGCGAGCUAUGUUUAGAAAUCCGUCGACGUCGUUUUCGUCAGCGAGAUGCUGCCCAAGGCAGUCACCCAGCCACUUCCCCAUUGCAGACGAUGAAGUUGUUGGAGAUAAAGAGAGCAAACCUUUCGGAACCUCGAAUUUUACAACCACUUUGGAUGUAAAUGCGGGUCUACAACCAAACACCCAAAAUGCCCCUACCCCAAGCACCCUCAAUGAUGAGACCCCCGACGAGCCACCUUGUAGUGGGAAACAAGCUAGUCAGCCCUCGAUAGCAGUCACUCCCCAGCUCAGCCCUCCCAUAAACACCCGCAAAGACGACGCUGUCGCGGAUAGCGAAGCAUCGUCCUACUCUCAAGAAAAGCCCAGGGAACUUGGGGGUUCUCCUACGGACACAUCGAAGAAAUUGCGCUUCAAGGUACCCCUUGCCCUGCCCCGGCUGUCUAAGAAAUCCCGGCUGAGGGCACUCUUUACGCCCACAAAACCCGUCGGGCCUGCACCAAACUAUGCACGGUCCUUCAUCAAUAUAUUUAAAUUCUCGCCUCUCAACAUUUUGCUCGCGUUCAUUCCAGUAUCGUGGGCACUGCACUUCACCCAUCAAUCGGACACGCUUAUUUUUGCCACAUCGGCCCUUUCUGUCUUACCUCUGGCAGCCCUUUUGGGCUUCGGCACGGAACAGGUGGCUAUUCGUACUAGUUCUGCCGUCGCGGGCCUUCUCAAUGCCUCCCUUGGAAAUCUCACGGAACUCAUCAUUGCCGGCAUCUGUCUUACUCGAUGCCAGCUUGGGCUUGUGCAGAGCUCUCUUCUUGGUGGUCUAUUGAGUAAUCUACUUCUGGUCCUCGGUAUGGCUUUUGUCGUCGGCGGUUUCAAGUACCCUCAACUCAGCUUCCGACCUGCCGCUGCCCAGUUGAAUGCCUCGUUGCUCACGCAUACCUUUCUGGGAAACUAUUUUCCCGAUACGACAGUCGAGGGACCCAUACUUUUGCAAAUGAGCCAUGGAUUUUCCGUCAUCUUGAUGUUCAUUCACCUCUUCCUCGACAUGGAUUCGGACUCGGAUUCGGACUCGCAGCAUGGGACGUGGGGAGGAUCCAGCUCGUCUUCCGACAGUGGGUCUUCUUCGUCGGCUUCAAGUUUCAUCACAUCGCCAUCUCGCCGUUCAUCUACGGCUCGUACAAAUGCAACUGCUGUAUCUGAGCUAGCGCCCAAGCCCCGGAUGGCACUGAUCGACGAAGAAGCUGCCGUGAUGCCCAUUCAUCCUCUUGCUGCCAUUAGUUCCAUCGGCACUAUAACGACCGAUACGUCCACAGAGACAAUACACUAUCCCUUGGUCAACAUGCCCUCGGCUCUUAUAUUGCUAGCAGCAAUCACGGCAACCAUGUAUUUGACGGCAGAGAACCUGGUGGACUCUCUCACCGGCCUCACAGAUAAGAAUCCAAACGGGAUAUCCAAAGAAUUUUUGUCCCUUAUUGUCUUGCCUGUCUUAUCCAAUGGAGCGGAGCUCUCUACCGCCAUCUAUGCAGGUUAUAAAGGCAAAUUUGACCUGGUCCUUGGUGUCGCUGUUGGAAGUUGCAUCCAAAUAACCCUUUUUGUGAUCCCGAUGCUAGUCUGCGUUGCCUGGGGGAUGGGAAAACCAUUGAGUUUAUUAUUCGACCCUUUGGAAACGACCGUGAGUUAUCACGAAAUUGUGCAGAGAUCUAGGUGUGCCCUUCUUGAGAAUCCUUUCAUAAUAAAGAUUGUGGUUCACAGUGAAUCUUGGUCACACAAGGAGGAAGGGAAAGGAAAAAUUGAAUUGCAUCAAUGGAAAGAUCACCUGUGA